AUGACACCAGGGGAAAUGGAGAUGGUGGAAGUGUUCACUUCGGAAGGCAAAGGCAGGGGGUUGAAGGCAGCCAAGGAAUUCUGGGCUGGGGAUGUCAUCUUCGCGGAGCCAGCCUACGCUGCGGUAGUUUUUGACAGCCUUACUCAUCUGGUCUGCCACACCUGCUUUAAAAGGCAGGAGAAGCUCCACCGUUGUGGUCAGUGUAAGUUUGCCCACUACUGUGAUCGAACCUGCCAGAAGGACGCCUGGCUGAACCACAAACAUGAAUGCUCUGCCAUCAAGGCGCAUGGGAAGGCGCCCAACGAAAACAUCAGGCUGGCAGCCCGCAUCAUGUGGAGGAUAGAGAGAGAGGGAGGUGGCCUUACGGAAGGCUGCUUGGUCUCCAUCGACGACUUGCAGAACCACGUGGAGAACUUCGGAGAAGAGGAGAAGAAAGAGCUGAGAGCCGACGUGGAGAGUUUCCUCAACUUCUGGCCCCCCCAGAGCCAGCAGUUUGGCAUGCAGUACAUCUCUCAUAUAUUUGGAGUGAUAAACUGCAAUGGCUUCACCCUGAGUGACCAAAGGGGUCUGCAAGCUGUCGGCGUGGGCGUCUUCCCCAAUCUCUGCCUGGUGAACCAUGACUGCUGGCCUAACUGCACUGUCAUAUUCAACAACGGCAAUCAUGAGGCUGUAAGAUCAAUGUUCCACACACAGAUGAGAAUCGAGCUGCGUGCGCUGGGUAAGAUCUCACCUGGGGAAGAGCUGACUGUCUCCUAUGUUGAUUUCCUCAACGUCAGCGAAGAGCGGAGGCAGCAGCUGCAGAAGCAGUACUAUUUUGACUGCACGUGUGAGCACUGCCAGAAAGGGAUCAAAGAUGAUCUGAUGCUGGCUGUAAAAGAAGGUGAAAACAAGCCCUCCCAAGAUGUAGUGAAGGAAGUUCUUCAGUUCUCCAAGGACACCCUGGAGAAGAUCAACAAGGCCCGCUCCGAGGGGGUCUACCACGAAGUUGUGAAGCUCUGUCGUGAGUGUCUGAAGAAACAAGAGCCCGUACUGGGAGACACUAACAUCUACCUGCUGAGAAUCCUGAGCAUCGUUUCGGAAGUGCUCUCCUACCUCCAGAUGUUCGAGGAAGCAUCAGGCUAUGCAAAGAGGAUGGUUGAUGGUUACAUGAAAAUAUACCAUCCCAACAAUGCACAGUUAGGGAUGGCAGUGAUGCGGGCAGGGGUCACCCACUGGCAUGCCAGUCUCAUUGAAGCAGGGCACGGCAUGAUCUGCAAAGCCUAUGCUAUUCUUCUGGUGACCCAUGGACCUACCCACCCAAUCACCAAAGACCUGGAGGUCAUGCGUGUCCAGUCGGAGAUGGAGCUGCGCAUGUUCCAACAGAAUGAGUUCAUGUAUUACAAAAUGAGAGAAGCAGCCCUGAAGAACCAGAAGAUCCAAGUUAUGCCUGAGCCCACCAAUGAAGCUCCAUCAGGCCUCUUCCACACAAAGCAGUAACCACAUAGCUUCCAGUUAUCUGUAUUCCUGCACAUCUGGUAGAACAUCAACCCUUUCCUUCCAAAUCUGAAGAGGUUAUUUUUAAUGAGCACAAUGCCAUCUAACUAAGAACACAUAAAUCUCCCGAGAGCGGCUCUUGACAACUAUUCUUCCAGGAGCUCAGGGCACCAGCUAAGAAAUAUUUCACAGGAAAUAGAUCUUGUUUCCACAAAUAAUAAAAGGGUCAUUAUAGCAUCGCUUCCGCAAUCAUUCAUUUUAGGGCUAGUUCUCUUCAUAUAAGGCCAAAUCUUGAAGUCCUUCACUUAGACUUUCAAUCAGUUCUUUCUCAAGCAAAACUUCCAUUGGAGUCAACGGGUGCUUGCCUAAGUGAGGAUGGGGAUAAAACCCAGUAACAAUGAAGAUGGACUACAGGGUUUGGCCCAAAGAGAGUCUUAUCUGUGUGAGGAUUGAGUGAAAACUGAGGAAAGCUAUUAGGAUUUGGCACUGAGGAAGUUUUAAGUAAAGAAACUUUUCCUGCCAUUUUUCUAUAGUUCAAAAAUGAGUUUGUAGUGUAGGAACUAACCUGCUGAAUGGAGCAGACUUUAAGCAGUACUUAUGACCAGUAUGCAGAUUAAUUAGAGAUCCUACCUUAGGUAGAAGAAUUUAGGUACCAUUAAGGCCGUAUAAACUAGGGUGGCGAUGGCUCAGCUGACACUGGCCUGCCAAUUAAAAAGUGCAUAGACACUUGGUUUAAAUCUCAGCAUGGAUGAAGUCAAACCAGGUUAGGACGGUGGUCAGAAAUGGGGCUCUGGUGUAGGUCCAAGCCAGUGGCCAAAGAAGAUGGAAACAGAAUGGUUAGCUUCCAUCACACCAACCAACGGGCAGGGAGCGGCAGGGAAGCACGGCUUCCCUCGGCCACAGUGUGGGAGCUCCCAUCUGCUGUUAGUGGAGGAGGGGGAGAUGUCCUCCUCACUGCUCCUACUCACUUUAGUCCCCAGUCCUAACCUGGGCUGGAGCACUAUCAACUGUGUCGUGCUUACCUUGUUUCAAUAC